AUGAUCGAUUAAGAAAGUUUGCUAGCCGAAUUAGGAUUGUUGGAUGAGAGAAAAUUAUUGCUAGAGUUAACCAUUUAACUUGGAUAGAAUGAACAUGAUCUCAUAUAUCUAUACGAGGGAGAUGAUAUUGAACUCAAGGCUAGUCAAUUUUGUGAAAAACAUCAUCUAAAGGAUGAAAUUAAAGAGAUUAUUGCUCAAAAUAUUAAACUACAUCUGAACGAGAAAGAAAAUUAUUUUAGCUUCGUAAAUUAAUCCAAUUAGAUAAGCAACACCAAUACCAAUAAACCUACAUAAGAUUAAACUCAUAAUUAGAUAAGAGAAGUUAAUUAAGAGAAGAAAGAAAACAAGAAUGACAUCUUAAACAAAUCACAGGCUGCCAUCAAAAAAACUGAUAUUUAUGAAAAACAAGUCAAGUAGAUGAAUUACAAAAAUAAUGUACUCCAAAAGCAAAGACUACUCAAAGAAGAAGAAUAAGUUAAAGAAGCCACCUUCAAACCAAGACUCAAUUAAAAUACCUUAAAAAUAGUCAGUACUACAAGAUAAAACAGAAAUAAAACUCCAGAAUAUUAUUUGUUGAAAUAUGGAUAACAAUUGCAAGAAUAAAAAAGAAAGGCAGAAUAACAAUUUUUGAAUGAAACUUCAAGAGAAUGCUCCUUCAGACCUGAGAUUAACAAAAUCUCCCAGAGAAUAUGCGACGAAAUUAUCAAAACUGAUGUGAGUAUGACUAAAUUUGAUCAACUCUACAAUUAAGCUAAGAAAAGAAGGGCUAAUGAUAAAUCUUAGACAUCCAUUAUAUAGGAAUCCUAAACCCAAUAGACCAGAAGAAGUAUUACACCAAACAAAUCAUAAAAUAAACAAUACUUACCAUUUCUAGAAAGAAUGGAAAUGUAAAAAAAGAUAAAAGAAGAAAAAUUGAAGUAAGAAGUUGAAGAAUCUUUAAUGUAUGAUGAGAAAAGUGGAUAAAAACUAUUUCAACCAUAAGUGCAUAGUGCAAAUAGAUCCAGAGGGGGACUAAGCAUUGGAGAGUACCUUUAUUAAUAAUAAAAAUCUGUAAAUGAAGAAUCAAUAAUAUAAUUUGAAUGUGAUGAUUUAAGUAAAUCAGUCUAAACAGAUAGAUCUAAUCAAAUAGUGCUAUAAAUGAGAAGAAAGAAACUUGAAGAAUAUUUUAAAUUAAUGGAUUCCGAUAAUGAUGGAUUGAUCAGUGCUCAAAAUAUUUAUCUCGAAGAAUUGCCAACAGAAGCCUUAGAAUUAUUACAACCAGUUAUUUUACAAUUGGAAAAGUUGGAUAUAUAUUUGAAUAUUGAAACAUGGACUGCAAAAUGUUUGGAUAUUAUCGAAAAAAUGAGUGUUUUUGAUAAAAAUCGUCUUUUUUAAAAAUAACCUAAAUAGCAAAAGACCUAACCCGAUUCUUCUAGUACCUUUAGACCCUAGUUAAAUUAAAAAUCAGAGAUUAUUGCAAAGUAAAGAUAAACGUUCAAAGGACCUGCUGCCUUAUAUCAAAAGGCAAUGAAGGAAAACAUAGUUAAAGAAUAAAAAAUCAAGUAGAUCAAAGAAUAGCAAGAAUAAAAAGAAGCUAAGCAAUGUACAUUUUAACCAAAAAUCAAAAUCUUUAAUAGAUCUACUACCAGCACAGGAUUCUAUUGA